AUGGCUGGAGGACACGAGCGGAGUGUGAAGGCCCUGAGGGAGGUGUGGAGAAGAGCAGAAAACUCUUUAUGUGCAGACUGUGGGAAGCCAGAUCCUGACUGGGCAUCCUCUACUCUGGGUGUUUUUAUAUGCCUCAGCUGUUCAGGAAUUCACCGCAACAUCCCUAGCAUCAGCAAAGUCAAGUCCCUGAAGAUGGACCACUGGGAUGAUGCUCAGGUGCAGUUUCUGGCCAAGCAUGGGAAUGCUGUGACUAAAGCCAUAUAUGAAGCUCACAUCCCUAUUUACUAUUACCAGCCAACCUACAAUGACUGCCAAGUGCUGAGAGAACAGUGGAUACGGGCCAAAUAUGAACGCAGAGAGUUCACUGAGCCAGGAAAACAGCUGCCAUAUUCUGAUGGGGUGAAGGAAGGCAUCCUCUGGAAGCGAGGUCGAGACAAUGGGCAGUUCCUACCCCGCAAGUUCCUCUUGUCUGAGAGAGAGGGAUGUCUGAAGUAUUUUGCGAAGCAGGAUGCCAAAGAACCUAAAAUCAAUGUUAAAAUAGAUGUCAUCAAUGCCACGUUCCAGCCAGUGAAGAUUGGGAACCCCAAUGGCCUGCAGAUCACCUAUCUCAAAGACAACAAGACCCGGAAUAUAUUUGUCUACCAUGAAAGUGGAAAGGAGGUAGUGGACUGGUUCAACGCCAUUCGCUCUGUGCAGUUCCAUUACCUGAAGGUAGCAUUUCCCAUUGCCAGUGAUAAUGAGAUAAAAAAUCGUCUGACAAGAAACUUCCUGAAGGAGGGAUACAUGGAGAAGACUGGUCCCAAGCAGAGAGAGGCUUUUAAGAAGCGCUGGUUCACGCUGGAUCACCGCAGGCUCAUGUACUUCAAGGACCCUUUGGAAAAAAAUGCUAAGGGUGAGGUGUUCAUGGGCAGCAGAGAGAACGGAUAUAGCGUCCAGAAGGGAUUGCCUUCAGGGACACAGGGCAACUUCUCUUGGCACUAUGGCCUCACCAUUGUCACCCCCGACCGGGAAUACCUCUUCACCUGUGAGACAGAGACUGACCAGCUGGACUGGAUCGCAGCCUUCACUAGUGUCAUCAACCAGGCCAUGACACCACAAGAAUAUGCAAUUGAAGCCUACUUCAAGUUUAAAUCCUAGGAAGCCAUGCAGGAACUUACUAUGACUUGACUCUACCUGGUCCUGUUGGUGGGCUGUCAGGAGAGGAG